CAAAAACUUACACAACAUAAAGCAACCCCUUUUCAGGUUCCUUUAAAUUAUCCUCCCAUUCCUCUGCUAUCAUAGAAUCCAUUUUAUAAAAAAGUAAGUAAGAGGUAAAAAGAAAAACUUUGAAGUGAUCAAUCUUCAAGUUUCUAUUUGUUUCUUUGCUGAUAACACCAAAAUGGAUGAGAACAACUACUACUUCAAGAGGAGCCACGUACCAGCAUUUGGUAGCUGGGAUUGUAACAAUGAUGAUUUUCCAAUUCCAUUCACAGAGUGUUUUGAAUCAGCUAGACAAGCUGGUUUGUAUAAUUACAGCUACUCACAAGACUCUGAUUUAUAUGUAACUGGAGAUCUUUACCAGAACCAUAUUGUUACUCCCACUAUGAUCGUCGUUCCUCGUCGUAAGAAAAAAGCAAGUUACAAAGAAGCAAGAAAAGAUGCAUGGGAGAUGGGUGAUUGUGAGGGAGAAUCACCAAGCCCUGUUCCUCUUUCUCCUCCUACUGCUAAACCUGUGCCCAAACCUGUUGAUGAAGAUCUCUACAAGAUUUCUCCUGACUUGCUUUACUCAAAGUCUAAAAUGAAGGGCAUCCGAGGAUUCAUUUCGAGCUGCUUGCUGCCAACUUGUGCUUGUUAAGUCUGGGUCAAAUAUAAAGCAACACAUAUAAGAUAUGUGUGGAGUAGUCCCAUGUACUCCUACGAUAGAGAUGUUUGCAGUGUUUUUUGGGUUUAAACCAGUAAAAGGUGGCCACAAAAAAGAUAAUAGAAUAUUGGCCAUCCCAAGAAGAUAAAUAUAUCAUCAUUAUGAUAUGAUAUAACAGAGAAGUCUUCUUUUGGUCUCUGUUGCCAAUGGUAUGCUUCUACUUGGAAGUAUUUUGGUGUCCUAGUACAAUACUAGUGGUGUUGGGUUUUGUAAUUUAUAAAAUCAAGAGGAAUUGUAUGGGGAGUUGGGAUUAAAACCUUGUAAUAGUAUUACUUUGUGAA